AUGAUUAGAUUCUAUAGUGUCAAAUCAAUUUUAAAAGAUUCAAUAUUACCUUAUCCAACAAUAAAUCAAAUUAAUCAAAACGUUUCAAAUUUAAAUCUUUCAAACAAUGAAAUCAUUCCCAACAUCAAAGGUUACAUCAAAUCAAUUAAUUCCUUGAAAAAAUUAACUUUUAUAGAUUUAUUCGAUGGUACCACUUCACAACCACUUAAAAUUGUACUACCAACUCAAAAUAUAUCCAAUACCCAUCUACAAAUUGGUCAAGCAAUAUCUCUCUCAAAUUUACAAUUGAAAUUGACUCCUCAAAGAUCUCACCCCUUCGAAUUAUUCUGUAAUGAUCCCUUAUUAUUAUCACCAUCAUCGCAUGCAAAUGAUUUGAGUUUCUUGCAAAAGAAACAAAACCUACCAUUAUCAUUCCUACGAUCAAAUAAUUUACAUAAAUAUAAGACUGAAUACCUUUCAUCAUUUUUAAGAUUUAGGUCAAAAGUACAAACCAACCUGAUCGAUAUUCUCCAAAGACAAGAUUUCCAUUGGGUAAACCCACCGAUUAUAACAACUAAUGAUACGGAAGGUAACAAUCAAACUUUCAAACUCAUCGCAAGUUCGCUAGAGCAAAAUAACCUCAAUCUAACUGUAUCCACUCAAUUACAUCUAGAAAUCUUAGCAUUGUCUCUAUCUAACGUGUUCAGUUUUUCUCCAAUCUUCAGAGCGGAACAAAGUGAUACUUCAAGACACCUUUCGGAGUUUUAUAUGCUCGAACUAGAAUCUACGAAUCUAAUUACCACUGACCACUUAAUUCAAUCAAUUAAAUUACUAAUACAAAAACUAGUGUCAUCCUUUUCUGAUGCUCUAUUGCCUUCGCAGGUGCCUAUGGAUCAAUGUGAUCAAUUACAGACAAAAGAUCGUUGGAAUUUAAUACUAACGGAUUCCAAAUGGUUAACAGUAACCUAUUCAAAAGCAAUUGAAAUAUUAAACGCUAAUAAUUUUAGUAUAAAGUGGGGCCAAGAUUUAUCAUAUGAAAUGGAAAAAUUUCUAACGAAAACUCAUUUUAAUAAUUCUUUCCUAUUCAUAACCAAAUACCCUAAAUCGUUGAAACCUUUCUACAUGAAACAAUCAAUCGAAGACCCAAAUACAGUAGAAUGUUUCGAUUUACUAUUCCCAUCAAUGGGAGAAAUCGCAGGAGGCUCAAUCCGUGAAGAUAACUACGACGUAUUAAAAUCAAACGUUCAUUCAAAAGAUAACCUAGACUGGUAUCUAGAACUAAGGUCAACUGGUUCAACACCACACGGAGGUUUUGGAGUCGGUUUCGAAAGAUUAUUGGCUUAUCUCUAUGGUUUACAGAACGUUAAAGACGCAAUUCCAUUCUAUAGAGCGAUCAAGGAUAACAUCACACUCUGA